CUGGCCUCAAGCCGGUUCCUGUUCUGCUUUUCACUCCUAUCACAAAAUCCAGAAUCCUGGCCUUGUUUGUAGGAAGGAAUAACACUUUCAUCACUGGUGAAUUCUCGAUUAUCUCAGCUAAGAACAAGCACAGUCUGUGGCUCAGCUGCUUGCUGGAUUGUCCUUGCUGCUGAUGCAGACAAUGAUGGGGAUAAAUAUGAGUGGAUUGUCAUCCUCGAAGGAUCUCUGUGGUCUUCAAUAGCACAAUACAUAUGCAGUUUCCAUAUUAUUUUUUGCACUUAUUCAUAGGAUCACCCCUAUAGUCCCAUCCUUCAUUUUAGUACCUCUAUAGCAUGGAACUAAUCAUUGGCAAUGAAGAACAAUGGUAAGCACUUAAAGGACAAAUCCUGAGGGCAGAGCAAGGACUGUGUUACUGAAAUGAAGAUAAUGUUCUUUUCUGGAGAGCAUCUACACAGAGGAGGAGGCAGAAGACGCUCCGAGGAAAGCGUAAGGAGAAACAGAAAGAAAGAAAUACCAGAAACGCAAGAGUGUUUCUUGGAGAUGUUCAGUUCAUCACAGAGAAUAUCUCUGAAUAAUUUCAGCAGCCAUGGAAAUGGAGUCGAAAGGGCCUCGCAAGCAGCAAUGAAGGAGAAGAUAUUGUGGAGAGCGCUGAGCUUUCUGCGUGUCAUGUGGUGUCUUGCUCCGCAGAAGGGUUAUCUUCAUCCUGAUGAAUUCUUUCAGUCUCCUGAGGUUAUAGCAGGUGACAUUUUAGAUCUAGAAAUUAACCGUCCCUGGGAAUUUCAAUCCGCCUUUCCCUGUAGGACGGUGCUCAUACCACUUCUUACAUCUGGAACAGCAUUCUGGAUUAUUAACAUAUUCCAUAGAUUCUGCUCGGAGACGGCUUUUAGUCACAGCUACAUUCUUCUGGUCCUUCCUCGUCUCAUCAUAACAAUCCUCUCCUUUGUGCUGGACUAUACAGUGCAUCAGGUAGCUGCAGCUUGGGGCUCUAACCCAUGGAAGGCUUUGGUUCUCCUGGCGAUGUCUCCAGUGACCCUGGUUUUCUACACCAGGACAUUCAGCAAUGCUGUAGAGGGUGUGCUGUUUGCUCUGCUCCUGCUACUUAUAUCAACCGGCAAAAGUAACCCUGUAACUAAGCCCUGGAAAGUAAAGUCUCAUCAUCUUAUCGGCCUGGUCUUGACAGCUGGCUUUUUUAACAGACCCACGUUUCUCUGUUUUGCUUUUAUGCCAAUAAUAUACUGGGCUGCCCAAAGUGGAAGCCCUAGGUCACAUUUCUCACACACAUCCACUGUUCUCACUGUGAUGAAGACAAUUCCUAGUACAGUUCUCUGCUCAGUCAUUUUUAUACUGGCUGAUACCAUAUACUAUACAGGACAUUGGCCGCUCUCUAUGAACAAGAAGGAAGGCUUUAUUGAGCAACUAAAGAACAACACAAUUCUAACACCUAUUAAUUUCCUGCAAUAUAACAUGAACCCUGAAAACCUUGCCCAGCAUGGAGUCCACCCUCGAAUUACUCAUAUCACAGUUAAUGGCGUCAUGCUCUUUGGAUUAUUUCAUCUGUCUGCUGUGUGCUCUGGUAUAAACAUGUUAAAAAACAUGAUACGGAGUCAAUAUACCUAUGAGAAGCCUUUUCCCCAACAAUCUGUUACCAGCUUACUGUUAAUGUUUUACUUUGUACCAAUUCUGUUUAUGUCCAUUUUUAACCACCAAGAACCUCGCUUUCUCAUCCCCCUGAUAGUACCAUUGGUAUUAAUAGUUUCCAAUUCUAAUAGAACAAUAAAAACAAAAUGUGUUAUUGUCUUGUUUAAUGUCACUGGUGCCCUUUUCUUUGGCUGUCUCCAUCAAGCUGGAUUAAUUCCUGGCUUGUUCCACAUCCGGCAAAUUGUGCAGACUAAAUCCAUCUCUGGCAACAUGUCAAACCAUCACACUGUUGUCUUCACACACACAUACAUGCCUCCAUUGCACUUGCUGAACCUAAAAAAAGGGCAAAGAUCAGUGGACAUUAUUGAUCUCGCCGGCUGCCCUGAAGAUCUCAUGUGCCAAAAACUUAGAGACAUACAAGAAGAGCUUUCAUUUAGAAAUGCACAAGCAAUGGGAAGGACAGUGCAUCAUUUCAUAGCUGUAUUCCCUGGCACGAUUACUUCAGUUGUGGAAAGUUGUAGAUUAGCCCACAAAGCUGAAGCCUUGUUCACUCCACAUCUAUCUAUGGAGGACCCUCCCAAAAUUUCUCAUUUACUCACAGGCAACUUAAAAAGUCAGUUAUCAAUACAUGUUGUGGAGAUUGAUGUGGACUCGAGGGGAUAGCAUCAAGCAGUAUUGUGCACUCGCCAUCUUGGUGAAAAAGAAUGUAUUAAAAGAAACCGGUCAGCACAUUUCAGAAUGGUCAUAUUUGUGUUAGAAGUUUAAAAAUGUAUACUGCUAUGUUUAUUGCUGGUGAAAAGUGUUAAGUAGACAUAUAUCUCUUACAGUGAGCACUAAACACACUAAUUUUUUAUACAUAUAGUCUUAACAUAUAGGUUGGUACAGGAGUGUUCCAUCAUAAUAUGGAAUGACAGAAUGGCAUGGAAGUGUGUUUGGAUCACCAAUCUAUCAAUGUAUUUUUGACUGUAUUUUGUUACUAACUGUAUAAUAAAGCCCAUUGGUAUACACUAA